AUGGAGUCGCUCAAUAACACGACUUGGGAUAUCGUCCUUUCUGGAACUGGUCUUCCAAACUCCCUCCUAGCUCUAGCACUCUCACGAUCCGGCAAAAAAGUCUUGCAUCACGACGAACAUGAGUUCUACGGUGGAUCUGAAGCUGCCUUAAGCUUGGAAGAAGCAGAAGUCUGGGUGGAAAGAAUCAACCAUGAAGCAACUCGCAGUCCUUUCCAGCAGGCGUCCAUAACAAAACUCGAAGAAUAUGUAUCGGCCGUACCAAGACUCUCGUUUUCUCGCGCCUACAAUCUUUGCCUUGCACCGCAAAUCAUAUACAGCCGUACAAAUCUACUUCCCGCUCUAGUCGCAUCGAAAGUCUACAAACAACUCGAAUUCCUUGCCGUGGGCAAUUGGUUCAUCUUCGAUCCUGGAGUCAACGAUAGUUUCUCACUUGGCGGAAGUGUACAGCAAAAUGCUCUUGAACCAGCAAGUAGGCCUUGCCUUCGUAGGAUUCCCAAUGGCCGAGAAGGUAUCGUGAAAGAUAAGACCAUUGAUUUCGCCAACAAACGCAGUUUGACGCAAUUGCUACUCAUGAUUAAAGAUGACGAAUCACGAAAACAAGCCAUAGCAGAAAAUAAGACACUACCAUUUACCUACUUCCUGACAGCACAAUACCAAUUGGAUAGGAGAUUGCAAGCACCUUUCCACGCCCUCACGCUAUCCCCAAAUGCACCAGAAGACACGACCACGGAGUAUGCCCUCACUCGUCUUCACCGACACCUAUCCUCAAUGGGCGCGUACGGUCCUGGCUUCUGCGCAGUAAUACCCAGAUGGGGCGGACUAGCAGAGAUCGCCCAAGUCGGCUGCCGCGCAGGAGCAGUAGGAGGAGGCGUAUACGUUCUAAACAAAGGCAUCGGGGGUUUCCCAGACAGCACCGCUCCACCCAACCACCCUGACCAGAACGAUAAAUUCCUAGCACUCGGACUCACUCUUGAAGAAACGAUCUACACCCGUCGCGCCGUCGGCUCAAAAUACGACUACCCCUCAGCCACCACCAGACCAGACCCGAAUCCAGAAGAUCCACCCAAAAUUGCAGUCCGAAGCAUCGCCAUCGUCACCUCGUCACUCCCUGAGAUGUUUCCCCCAGCAAAAGCUGCUGUACAUAAUCCAGCGGCCGUGAUGGUCAUCUUUCCAACUGGUAGCCUCAGUCUUCCUGACACAACCAUCUCACCAAGUUCAGACGAAUCGCCCACUUCAGAGACACCGCCGACCUCAGACGUACCACUGCCCUCACCGCCCCCGCCAGCACCGAGAAACCCCGUGCCCAUCUACCUCCAAGUCCGCUCCGCUGAGACAGGCGAAUGCCCCCGCGAUCAAAGUAAGCUCCCUCUAUUCCUACCUUCUCACAACCUCGCACUCUCAAAUGAUGACACAAUCCGAAUACUUAUCUACAUUGCCUGA